UUAAAGCGCACUUCUUUCCCGAUUAGCUGAUGAUUCGAUCGCAGGAGAAAGCGGACUGGAAUGGCGGAGGAAGCGCCUGAAGUGUCCGGAGAGCUGAAAAGAGGGACGAUUGUGGUCGGAAUCGACGACAGCGAGCACAGUUUCUACGCGCUUCAGUGGAUCCUCGGCCACUUCUUCGCCGGCGGGGGUGCUGCUGGUUAUAAGCUGGUCAUUAUCCACGCCAAGCCGUUCUCUACCUCGGUCAUCGCCAUAGGAGGCCCCGGAGUUGCUGAUGUCCUUCCUUAUGUAGAGUUAGAUUUGAAAAGAAUAGCUGCUGGGGUGAUUGAGAAGGCUAAGGAGCAUUGUGUUGCUAAUUCGGUAAGUGACGUUUUAUUUGAGGUGGUGGAAGGAGAUGCAAGGAACGUUCUCUGUGAAGCUGUGGACAAGUUUAAUGCUGAUGUGCUUGUUGUGGGCAGCCAUGGCUAUGGAGCAAUAAAAAGGGCGGUGCUGGGGAGUGUGAGUGACUACUGUGCCCACCAUGCACACUGCACUGUCAUGAUAGUAAAGAAACCCAAACACAAGCACUGAACUGAAUAAAUUCUUGGUACUGUAAUAUAGACCAUCAAACUUGAAGCAAUUUAAUAACUCUAUUUUAUAUAAAUGUUUGUGUGGAGUGAAUGUAACCUAUAUUCUACUUUAUCAAACAUUUUAUUAAUAAGAAGCAUGGUUUGUCUGUA